GAAUUCCAUUAUCGACUCAGAUCCACACAGUGAGCUCCGUGUGAUGGUGUGUGUCCGCGAUGAAGAAAACGUACCGGCAAUCAUAAAUCUCCUGCCCAGGGCGAAAUCGUCCCAUCGCCAUGUCUGUCCUUACCCUGUCAGAGCUCAAAGGCAGGGCUGACGCCCUCUUGUUGUCGGGUGGGAAAGGGAAGGGAAAACUCAGGACAUCAUUCAGUCACUCUGAUCCCAUAUCCAAUGCCUUCAACGGGUUCAAGCAACGAAACCACGGCUACACGCUGGUGCAGAUCUUCAUGUCUGUCGCGCCGUACCCGAGUAUGCACGACGACAUUUGCACCGUCGCCCUUGAGAAGGGGGCUAAUAUUGUCAUUGUCUUCUUAAACAAACAGGUGUCGUACCAAGGAGCCACCGGCAUUAAUUUUCCUGCCAUCAGAAUAGUCAACCAAAAUGUGCUCCAGAAGGCCCCUUGCUCUAUAGGGGUCCUGAUUGACCGCGGAAAAGUUUCUGAAUACACGUCUAUUCACCUAGGAUACAACAUGUUUUGCAUCACGACCCUCUUCUUUGGAGGGGCAGAUGAUCGUGAGGCCCUGGCGUACAGCUCCAGGAUUGCUGACCACCCGGGGGUUGACUUCUCAUUGGUGUGGAUUCGGAACUUGAGGGACAAGAAACUAGAAGAGCCCGAAAAGUCAAAGGACCUUGAGAUGGUCGACAAAUUCCAAGCCAUGAAAGACCGAAUCGGGUUCAAGGAAGAGGUGGUGAUAGACACGGUGGACACAACGAGAGUGCUUCGCUCGCUGAGGGGUAAUUGUGACCUUUGCAUUGUUGGGAGAUACCACGUUUUUGGUGUUGGUGGUGCAGCAGCUGCCGCAAGGGAGGGUGUUUGAGAACGGCAACAUAACAUUGCAGCCUGUAGGAUGUAGCAGUGUUCAUAGUCAAAGUAGUUCAAUAUCCCAACCCAAUAGCUCUAAGGUG